AUGAGUGAUAGUGGAUAUACUUUAAUUUACGAGCCCAACACGGCCAAUAAAAUAUCAACAAAUGAAUACAAGAACUUAUUAGAAAAGGGAAAAGAUGAAGUAAAAGUAGAUACAAUGAAAAAAAUUCUUAUAACAAUAUUAAAUAGAGAUCCAUUACCUGAUUUAUUAAUGCAUAUCAUUAGAUUUGUAAUGCCAUCAAAAAAUAAAGAAUUAAAAAAAUUAUUAUAUCAUUAUUGGGAAGUUUGUCCAAAAUUAGAUGAAAAUGGUAAAAUGAGACAUGAAAUGAUUUUAGUUUGUAAUGCUAUUCAAAGAGAUUUACAACAUCCAAAUGAAUACAUUAGAGGUAAUACUUUAAGAUAUUUGAAUAAAUUAAAAGAACCUGAAUUAUUAGAAACUUUAGUUCCAAAUGUUCGUCAAUGUCUUGAACAUAGACAUGCUUAUGUUCGUAAAAAUGCAGUUUUUGCAUUAUGGUCCAUAUAUAAAGUAAGUGAUCAUUUAUGUCCUGAUGCUGAUGAAUUAAUUUAUAGAUUCUUAUAUGAUGAAAAUGAUUCAGUUUGUAAAAGAAAUGCAUUUGUUUGUUUAGGAGAUUUAAAUAGAAAUGCUGCUUUACAAUAUAUUCAAGAUAAUAUAAGUGUUAUUGAUACUUUGGAUCCUUUGUUGCAAUUAGCAUUUAUUGAAUUUAUCAAAAAGGAUUCAAUACAAAAUCCAAAUUUAAAACAACAAUAUACUCAAUUAAUUACAGAAAUUGUUGAAAGUUCAUCAAAUGUUGUAAUGUAUGAAGCUGCUAAUACAUUAUCGGUUUUAACUUCAAAUUCAUCAUCCAUUUUGUUGGCUGGUAAUAAAUUUGUUGAAUUAGCAACAAAAGAAUCUGAUAAUAAUGUUAAAAUUAUAACUUUAGAAAGAAUAAAUCAAUUAAAUAAACAACAUCCUGGAGUAUUACAAGAUUUAUCUUUAGAAAUAUUAAGAGUCUUAUCAUCACAAGAUUUAGAUGUUCGAAAAAAAGCAUUAGAUGUUACUUUAGAAUUUAUUACAUCUAGAAAUGUUGAAGAUGUAGUCAAAUUAUUGAAAAAAGAAUUACAAGCCACAAGUUUAUCAAAUGAUGAUAAAAAUGCAGAAUAUAGACAAAUAUUAAUUAAUGCUAUACACAUAUUAGCAAUUAGAUUUGUUGAAGUUGCAGCAAAUGUUAUUGAUCUUUUAUUAGAUUCAAUAGCUGAUUUAAAUUCAACAGCUGCAUAUGAAGUUAUUACAUUUGUAAAAGAAGUUGUUGAAAAAUUCCCACAUUUAAGAGAAUCCAUUAUAAGGAGAUUAAUUUUAGCAUUACCAAAUGUUAAAAGUGGUAAAGUAUUUAGAGGUGCAUUAUGGGUUAUUGGAGAAUAUGCAAUAGAUGAACAAUUAAUUCAAGAUGCAUGGAAAUAUAUAAGAUCAAGUAUUGGAGAAGUUCCAAUUGUAACAAGUGAAUUAAAAUCAAAAGAUCCAAAACAUGAAACUCACGAAGAUGGAGAAUCAGUACAUAAAAGAAAAGGUCCAACUGUUUUACCUGAUGGUACUUAUGCUACAGAAACUGCAUUAACUGCAGAAGUAAGUAACGGUUUUGAUGAUGAUAGUAAAACUCCAAUAAGAAAACAAUUAUUAGCUGGUGAUUUUUAUCUUGGUGCUGUUUUGUCAAGUACAUUAGUUAAAUUAAUUUUAAGAUUACAAAAAUUAAAAACUCAAUCAAAAAUAUUAAAUGCAUUAAAAGCAGAAGCACUUUUAAUAAUGGUAUCAAUAAUAAGGUUGGGCGAAAGUUCAUUAGUCACCAAAAAAAUAGAUGAAGAUUCAGCAGAUAGAAUUUUCUCAUACAUUAAGAUAUUAAAUGAUGAAGAAGAUGUUGAAGAUAUCACCACCACAUUCCUAGAUGAUACAAAAGAUGCUUUCAAAGCACAAAUUACAGAUGCUGAAGAGAAAAAAGCUGAAGCAGAAGCAAAAGAUUUACAUGCUAAUGCAGAACAAAUUGAUGAUUCUAUAUUAUUUAGACAACUCGACAAAGAUAAUAAAUCAAGUAACAAAAAUGUGGAUGAUAUAGUCACUGCAUCAGGUAGUGACCUUAAAAAGGAAAAUCUAUCAUCAAGAUUAAAUAAAAUAUUACAAUUAACUGGAUUUUCAGAUCCAAUAUAUGCAGAAGCAUUUGUUAAAGUACAUCAAUAUGAUGUUGUAUUAGAUGUAUUAUUAGUUAAUCAAACAACAACUACAUUACGUAAUUUAUCAGUUGAAUUUGCCACAUUGGGAGAUUUAAAAGUUGUUGAUAAACCAACAACUGCAAACAUUGGACCACAUGGUUUUUAUAAGAUUCAAACUACUAUAAAAGUUACAUCUGCAGAUACUGGAGUUAUAUUUGGAAAUAUAGUUUAUGAUGGACAACAUUCAGAUGAAUCAACAAUUGUGAUAUUAAAUGAUGUUCAUGUAGAUAUAAUGGAUUAUAUUAAACCAGCAACAUGUUCAGAAUCACAAUUUAGAAAAAUGUGGAAUGAAUUUGAAUGGGAAAAUAAAAUUACAAUAAAAUCACCAAUAACUUCCCUUAAAACAUAUUUAGAUGAAUUAAUGAAUGGUACAAACAUGAAAUGUUUAACUCCAGGUGCAAUAGUUGGAGAAGAAUGUCAAUUUUUAUCUGCUAAUUUAUAUUCAAGAUCAACUUUUGGUGAAGAUGCAUUAGCUAAUUUAUGUAUUGAAAAACAAUCUGAUGGUGGACCUAUAAUUGGUCAUGUUAGAAUUAGAUCAAAGGGACAAGGAUUAGCUUUAAGUUUAGGGGAUAGAGUUGCUUCUAUAUCUAGAAAAGGUAAAAAUGUAGCUUUAGCUCGUGUAUAG